AUGCCUAUUGGGGAUGUUGAGGGGUUGAAAAAGCUUCUUCUAUUGCCGGAUGCUGAUGUCAACGAAAAGGACGAUGAGCACGGCGAAACGGCUGUAUCAUGGGCUGCAGAGUAUGGAUAUGACGAAACUUUUGAUCUUUUGCUUCAACAUUCUGCAGAUAUUCGUAUUCGGGACAAUUAUGACGGAACUCCAUUGUCAUGGGCUGCGAGAAAUGGACACACCGUCAUCGUGAAAAGGUUGCUUGAAAAAGGCGCCAACGCACCUGAGCCAAAAGAUCAGACCAACAGAACGCCACUCUCUUUGGCUGCACAGGAGGGCCAUUGCGACAUCAUGAAGCUUUUAUUCGACUAUCAUUCUGAAAUUGAUUCUAUGGAUUCUUCUCGUCAAACACCACUCUUUUUUGCAGCAAAGAACGGACACAAAAACGCGGUCAAGCUUUUAAUCGACAAAACUGCCAACGCGAAUUUGAUGGAUGCAAAUGGCCAAACGCCACUCUUUGUUGCAGCAGAAGCGGGUCAAAGGAGCAUAUUGAGCUUUCUGUUGACAAGUCAAGACUUAGAUCCGGACACCAAGAACGAGCAGGGUCGAACUCCACUUUCUUUGGCUGCGGGGAAUGGGCACGAAAGUGUGGCUGAGUUUCUACUUUCUGAUGAUCCGCGUACAAAGGUAUCAGCAGGUCGGGCCGUAUUUGUUGACUCUAGGGAUAAUACUGGUAGAAGCUCUCUUUUAUGGGCUGCAGGAAAUGGCCGUUUGAGUGUUGUACAUCUUCUGGUAUACAAAGGAGCCAAUUACAAUGCCAAAACCGACGAUGGCUCGAAGAUAUUGGACUUCGUAGAUGAGGCCAUAGAUACGGCACAACAAAAAAUUGAGGAAGAAGGGGAAGACAAGAUUAGCGCACUGCUGGAGAUCAAACUGUUUUUCAAUGAACUGCAUCCGAAACUGCAAAAAGAGUUGCAGAAGGAAACUGACUAUGCCGAUAGGGGAUAUUCAGCAAUUAUUAUGCACUGCCUUAAAGAUAAGAUGAGGAUAAAACCCCUUGAAAGGUAUCAUAUUACGACAAUGCUGGAAGGGGGACCAAUUCGGAAAGCAAAAUCUAGCAAGGGGUCUUCGUGCAUAUGGUUUCACCUCCCAGCAAAUAACACUCUUAUGGCAAAACUUUAUGAGGGCAACAACAAUUCGGAAGAGGACAACGUGAUUCUUGAGAGUGACAAUUGGACACUGUUGCAGCAUCAUGCUCCAGAAGGGAUGCCGCACGCAAGAUAUAUGAAUCCAACCUGCAAGAUUCUUCCACUGCGAUAG